AUGCCACCACCCACAUCUCGACCCACCACAGUCCAAUCCAUCAUUAUCGCAACAAAAGGUACCUCCACUACUACUGCUACUCCAUCUACCACCAUCAUCAUUCCCCCAAACACCGCCACGCAGCACUCCACCUGCACAGUGACGGGCCCCUCUGUCAUCGACUUCUACAACAACGUGAACUCUGUAAAGGAUCGGUGUACGUACUCUCUGCUGAAGGUCCCAGAGUUCCAGGUGCUGGCCCACUUUAUGGAGCGUCGUCUUACAGAUGUGAGCUUGGUGGACAGUGUGUUGAUGAAAGUGGACGGGGCGGACAUCCUCCUGAAGCAAGGCGGCAGAGUUCUGCUGAACAACUCACCACUGAACCUGGACAGCUCCCCUCAGGUGGUUAAUGAUGUGGAGAUCUCUAAGGACAACACUGGAGUCACUGCCAGGGUGCAGAUCAAGAACUUGUUCAUGACUAUCUUCUUUGACGGCAUCACCGUGCAGAUCCUAAUGGAAGGAUCUACUGGAUCACCUCCAACAGGUCUGUGUGAAGACUCCAGCAGUGAAGCGAGGCUCCCUGAGUACAGCUCCACAAGCUGUGAGACGCUGUAUACCAACACGGAUGACAGUUUUAGAAACUGCACCAACAAGACAGAAAGCUGUAACUUCCUGAAGGAGGCGCCCUUCACCUCCUGUGACAUCGACCCAGAGCCCUACAUCACCGCCUGCACAGACACUUUGUCCAGGUAUCCUGCAGUGGACGGCCUCAAGUGUCAGUUCCUGGAGGCCUACGCCAGAGCCUGCAGCCUGAAGUCCAACACCACACUGGAGGGCUGGAGGUCCAAGACUGAGUGUUCUUCUGAGGCCUUCUGUCAGGACAGGACCUGCAGCGAUCAUGAGUUCUGUGGAGAGGUUUCUCAGUAUGGAGAUACUCGUUGCUUCUGUAGGGCUGGUUUCGCUUCCAGCUACAGAGAAAGAAAUGCUUUUGGCGAUCCAACAGUCUGCAGUGAGAACACAGCUUCCAUCACUCUGGUCAAUUGUCUCCUGGAUGAAAGAGGCAUCGACUACUCUGUCUUACACCUCAUUGACCCAACCUGCAGGGGUCAGGUGGACGAACAGAACCACCUGGUGACUUUCAGCUUCAACAGCAGCAACUGUGGAACACAGAUCAUGACCAAUGAGAGCCAGAUCACCUACAAGAACACCAUCAUGACCCAGAAUGUCUCGUCGGACAUGAUAAUUCGUUAUGAUGACUUCAUGCUCGACUUCUCCUGCUAUCAUGCUCGGCAUAGCAUUCAAACUGUUUCUUUCACCAUCAUGGAGAGUGAGGUGUCUGGGGUCAUGAAAGCUGGACCUUGGACAUACACUGUGUCCAUGAGGGCCUACGUUGAUGAUGCUUGCACAAAACCUGUGGAGAGGUACACUAAUCUGAGAUUGAAUGAGAGAGUCUGGGUAAAACUGGAGACCUAUGGGCUGGAUGAAAACGUGGUUGCCGUGGUGACCGACUCCUGUUGGGCAACUGACCAGCCAUCUUCUAUAUCAAGCAAGAAAUACUACCUGAUUGAAAAGGGGUGCAGCUACCCUGCAGAAUCAACGGUGGAGGUGAAGGGAAAUGGAGAGGGAACAUCCAACUACUUCGCCUUCAACAUGUUCAGGUUCUCUGGGCACUCCAAAGAAAUCUACCUGCACUGCAGUCUGCACCUGUGUGUCAAACAAGAGGGCAACUGUGCGAUGAAUAAGAGAAGACGAAGACGCAGAUCUGCCAGUUCCAAUUAUGAAUCUGAUUCCUCCAUCAGCAUGGGUUGGACUCAUUAG